AUGGCGCGAGGAGGAGCAGGGAGCUUCGGGGGCCGAGAAGGCCCCGCGCCCACCCAGUGCGGUGAGGCCCUGUGCUUCGAUUUGCUGGUCCGAGUCUGUGUGGCCUGCAAGCUCUUCCGGACCCCCAAGCCCAGCCCGGAGCCCCUGGACCAUGUCAUCGUCCUCUCCCUUGGACCCACCAAUGCCACAGCCCCUGUUUGGCCUCCACCUGAAGACCCAGACACCACCCCACCUGGCCACAGUGUCCCCGUGCCGGCCACCGAGCUGGGCUCCACCGAGCUGGUGACCACCAAGACAGCUGGCCCUGAGCAGCUGUAG